AUUUUCUGCAAUAAUGAGUUAAUUUUAAAGACCUACUUCAUCAAGAAAGGGCACCAAUAAUCUUCCUGUGUAAUAAGGAGAUUUGGAAGAAUAUAUGUAAUAGAUAAUUUGAUAGUAGUCAAAUAUUAUAUGAUCAUUAAAAGAGUUGUGAGAAGGCUGGAAAGUACCUGGAAGCAGAUUAGGCUAAGAAAAGAUUGGCGGAAUUAAAGAAGGAAUUAGAAUUAAAAAGCAAAGGAGAUGUAAAGGAUAGACACUUUUCAGAGAAAUAAGAGAUUGAGUAAGCACAUCUUGAGGAAUUUAAUUAAUUUAAUUCUUUUUGGGAUGAAAAAAUGACAGAGUUUGAUAGCGAAGCUCAAAAAGUGAAGGAAUAAACACUUCAAAGGCAUGAAGAUGAACUUAGAUAAUUUUCUGAAGAAUUGGAGAAUUCACUUCCAGUAAAACCCAAGGAUUCAGCUGAGCUUUUGGCUUUGAGAAAGACUGAAGAAUAAUUGGCUAAAUAAGAGAAGUAUUUAAAAUGUGUUAUGCAUUCAGUUACUUGGAGGCUCAUACGAUCCAAUCUCGAAUUCAGGCAUAAGAAAGAGAUGAAUAUGAGAAGUGGACUUCGUGUAGACAAUAGAAGAUAAGAAAUCUGAUUACAUAAUUGAGAUAGAAAUAAAUCAAUGAGUUGAAUGCUCUGACAUAGAGAAUAUUGAGUGGAUAAGAAGAAUAAAGAAAAAUUCGAUCUCAAGAAUUAGAAAAGUGAUUUUGUUGAUUAAAUUUUAGGUUACUUUAAAAAUAUCAAAAUGUGAGAAAAGAACUUGAAAGCCAAUAAACCCAAGAAAUAACCAGACUAGACAAGACAAGCAAAACUUAAUGUAUGAUAAUGGUUUAGAAUUUGUAGCUAUUAUGCAACAAUCCAGGAUGAAUCAAUCGAGGAUGCAAUAAAGUUAAUACAAAGAUGAGAAUCCGUACAUCAGAUGA